GUCAGCGCCUAGUCCCAGAAAAACAGAGCGGGGCCAACGGCAGCGUGUAGUGGGAGCGGGGCAGGACGCGCGGAGCCCGCCUGCCGGCCCGCCGGGGACCCGUGAGGAAUUGACAUCCAUUGGAAGAAUUUGUGAAAGCCUUUGCCUAGAGCUCCAGGCCCAAUGCAUCUUCCUGCCACCUUAAACCACUGAGCAGUCCAGAGCCCCAGUUGUAGAAGACUUGUCCUGACACCACCAUGAGCUCUGAAUGUGAUGUUGGUACUUCUAAAGCUGUUGUGAAUGGCUUGGCAUCUAGCAGCAAUGGGCAAGACAAAGCAACUGCCGACCCUUUACGCACAUGCUCUAUUUCUGCUGUUAAAAUAAUUCCUGUGAAGACAGUGAAAUACACUUCAGGCCUGGUACUCCCUUCAGACAUGGAUCCUACAAAAAUCUGCACUGGGAAAGGAGCGGUGACUCUUCGGGCCUCUUCUUCCUACAGAGAAAUCCCAAGCAGUAGUCCUGCAAGCCCUCCAGAAACUCCACAAACUGAAAGCAAGCAAGACGAGUGGAGGCUUUCUUCCAAUGCUGAUGCCAAUGGGAAUGCCCAACCUUCUUCACUUGCUGCCAAGGGCUACAGAAGUGUGCAUCCCGGCCUUUCUGCUGACAAGCCUAAGGCUUCCAGUCCUCUAUUAAAUGAAGUUUCUUCCUCCCCCAUUGGAACUGAUUCCCAAGCCUUUCCACCAACUAGCAAGCCAUCAUCCGCCUACCCCUCCACCACAAUUGUCAACCCCACCAUUGUGCUCUUACAGCACAAUCGAGAACAGCAGAAACGACUGAGUAGUCUUUCAGAUCCUGUCUCAGAGAGAAGAUUGGGUGAGCAGGACACAGUACCAACCCAGGAAAAACCCACCUCACCCAGCAAGGCUGCUGAAAAACGAGCGAAGGAUGAUAACAGGCGGGUGGUGAAGAGUGCACAGGAUCUCAGCGAUGUGUCCAUGGAUGAAGUGGGCAUCCCACUGCGGAAUACCGAGAGAUCAAAAGACUGGUACAAGACGAUGUUUAAACAGAUCCACAAAUUAAACAGAGAUGAUGAUUCAGAUCUGUACUCUCCUCGAUAUUCCUUUUCUGAAGAUGCAAAAUCUCCCCUUUCUGUGCCUCGCUCAAAAAGCGAGAUGAGCUACAUUGAUGGUGAGAAGGUGGUUAAGAGGUCGGCCACACUUCCCCUCCCAGCCCGCUCUUCCUCACUCAAGUCAAGUCCAGAGAGAAAUGACUGGGAGCCCCCAGAUAAGAAAGUGGAUACAAGAAAAUACCGUGCAGAGCCCAGGAGUAUUUACGAAUAUCAGCCUGGCAAGUCUUCAGUUCUGAACAACGAAAAGAUGAGUCGGGAUAUAAGCCCAGAAGAGAUAGAUUUAAAGAAUGAACCUUGGUAUAAGUUCUUUUCGGAAUUGGAGUUUGGGAAACCGCCUCCCAAAAAGAUAUGGGAUUAUACUCCUGGAGACUGCUCUAUCCUUCCUAGAGAGGAUAGAAAGACUAAUCUAGAAAAAGAUCUCAACCUAUGCCAAACAGAGUUAGAGGCAGAUUUAGAAAAAAUGGAGACGAUUAAUCCUCCCAGUGCCAGCCCACCACAGAGCUCAGCAGUCAGCCCCAUGGCAGACAUUUCUUCAGAGCCGCCUGGAUAUGUAUAUUCUUCCAACUUCCACGCAGUGAAGAGGGAAUCAGAUGGGGCUCCUGGGGAUCUCUCUAGCUUGGAGAAUGAGAGGCAGAUUUAUAAAAGUGUCUUGGAAGGUGGUGACAUCCCUCUUCAGGGCCUGAGUGGGCUCAAGAGACCCUCCAGCUCAGCUUCAACUAAAGUGGAUCGUAAAGGUGGGAAUGCUCACAUGAUUUCUUCAUCUUCAGUUCAUAGCCGAACGUUUCAUACUAGCGCAUUAGGCCCUGGUUGUAAACACAAGAAACCCCUGUCGGCUGCAAAAGCCUGCAUUUCUGAGAUUCUUCCUUCCAAAUUCAAACCCAGGCUCUCUGCUCCCAGCACUCUUUUGCAGGAACAGAAGAGUGUCCUGUUGCCCUCCGAGAAGGCGCAGAGUUGUGAGAACCUUUGCGUUUCUUUGACUGAUUCCAAAAGAGGCCUCCCCCUGCAGGUGGGGGGAAGCAUUGAGAACCUGCUCAUGCGCUCCCGGCGGGAUUAUGACACCAAGUCCAGCAGCACCAUGAGCCUCCAGGAGUACAGCACCAGUACCCGGAGGCACUGCCCCCUCUCCAAAAAGCCCGGGCUGCACUUCACUAUGUUCUACCGGGACAUGCAUCAGAUCAACCGAGCCGGCCUCUCCCUGGGAUCCAUCUCCUCCUCAAGUGUGCGAGAUCUUGCCUCCCACUUUGAAAGAAGCAACCUGGCAUUGGCCAGGGGUGAGCUGGGAUCCAGCCAGGAGGGCUCAGAGCACAUUCCCAAGCACACUGUCUCGUCCCGCAUCACUGCCUUCGAGCAACUCAUUCAGCGGUCCAGAUCCAUGCCGUCCUUGGACCUGUCGGGCAGGCUGAGCAAGUCCCCUACCCCUGUGCUGUCUCGCAGUGGCCUGAUCUCAGCCCGCUCCGCAGAGUCCCUCCUAGAGUCAACCAAACUCCGGCCAAGGGAGAUAGAUGGGAUGACCUCAGGAAGGGCCUAUGCCUCCCCGACAUGUAGCAAUAUGGCCGACCACCCCUUGGGCUUCAGAGGCCUCGUGCCUUCUGAGCCCCUCUCCACCUGCUCGGAUGAGCUGGACCACUGUUCAAACGUCUCCAGUGACAGCAGAGAGGGUAGCAGUGGCAGCGUUCAUGGAGACUUCCCCAAACAUCGCCUCAACAAGUGCAAGGGCACUUGCCCUGCCUCGUACACCCGCUUCACCACCAUCCGGAAGCACGAGCAGCAGCAGUCCUCCAGACAGCCUGACUGGCGUCCGGAUUCCAAGGGUGACAAGAGCAGCCUCCUCAGGAACAUCUACCUGAUGAGCCCCCUCCCUUUUCGAUUGAAAAAGCCCCUCCAGCAUCACCCCAGACAGUCUUCCCCUAGUGACUCCUCCUCAGGACUCUCAGUGGGCCAGAAGCCAGAGCUCUCCAGUCAGCCCUAUCAGGACCAGACUUCUCCUGGAGGGAAGCCCCUGGUGCCCUCUCGCCUGUCUUCCCGGCAUGCGAUGGCCAGGCUUAGCCGCAGCUCAGAGCCCCCUCAGGAGACACCUGUGGGAGUCUUGGAGGACUGCCCAAGAGCAGUUAAUAAUGGGAACUCAGUGCCGUACUCAGACCAUGACCUGGACAGGAACAACAACCCACAAAGUGAACUGGCACCAUCCCAUGGAGAUUCAGAAUCACCACGACAUUUUGUACCAGCUGAUUACUUGGAAUCAACAGAAGAAUUUAUCCGAAGACGUCACGAUGAUAAGGAGAAACUUUUAGCGGACCAGAGACGACUUAAGCGUGAGCAAGAAGAGGCCGAUAUUGCAGCUCGACGCCACACGGGCGUCAUCCCGACGCACCAUCAGUUUAUCACUAAUGAGCGCUUUGGGGACCUUCUCAAUAUAGACGAUACUGCGAAAAGGAAAUCUGGGUCAGAGAUGAGACCUGCCAGAGCCAAAUUUGACUUUAAAGCUCAGACAUUAAAGGAGCUUCCUCUGCAGAAGGGAGACAUUGUUUACAUUUAUAAGCAGAUCGAUCAGAACUGGUACGAAGGUGAACACCAUGGCCGGGUGGGAAUCUUCCCACGCACCUACAUUGAGCUACUUCCUCCUGCUGAAAAGGCUCAGCCCAAAAAGUUGACGCCAGUACAGGUGUUGGAAUAUGGAGAAGCCAUUGCUAAGUUUAACUUUAAUGGUGAUACUCAAGUAGAAAUGUCUUUCAGAAAGGGUGAGAGGAUCACACUGCUUCGACAGGUGGAUGAGAAUUGGUACGAAGGGAGGAUUCCAGGAACAUCCCGCCAAGGCAUCUUCCCCAUUACCUAUGUGGAUGUGCUCAAGAGGCCACUGGUGAAAAACCCUGUGGAUUACAUCGACCUGCCUUAUUCUUCCUCCCCAAGUCGCAGUGCCACCUCGAGCCCACAGUGUCCUAGUCACAGCAAGCUCAUGCCAGCCCCCUCAUCUCUACCCAAUCCCCGCCGAGCUCUCUCCCCCGAGAUGCAUGCCAUCACCUCUGAGUGGAUCUCGCUGACUGUAGGGGUCCCAAGCAGGCGUUCUUUGGCCCUGACUCCACCCUUGCCUCCUCUGCCUGAGACUUCUGUCUAUGACAUGGACUAUUUCUCCUUGCCAUCAAGGGCUCGUCCCUCCCUGCCCCUCAGUCUCCCCUAUUCAAGUUGGUCAGAUCGGUCUAAUCCCCGCUCAGUGGUUUCCCCAUUAGCCCUGCCUCCACCCCACAAAGCCUACUCCCUGGCACCUAGUACCCAGGCCCCUCUUCACAUCAAUGGAGAUGGUGGGAUCCACCCUCAUCAAGACGGCUUCUCCCAGCCACUGCUUGGGAGCCCUGAUAGGGUCAUCUCGGAGCUUAGUGAUGCCUUUAGCAACCAGAGCAAGAGGCAGUGCUGGCAAGAAGAGAAUGGACAAUAUGAGAGGAAAACAGAGAGUGAGGCAGGUGAGAGAUGCCCUGGUGGAUCCAAGAUCUCUAAGAAGAGCUGCUUGAAACCUUCAGACGUGGUCAGGUGCCUGAGUACUGAGCAGAGACUCCCAGAGCUCCAUGCCCCUGAGGAGAUCCAGCCCAGCAAGCCUCUGGGCAGCCCCUUUCCAGGAAGGGAGGCUGGGCCCACAGAGCUGCACAGAGGUGUGGAGGCUGAGAGGAAGGCCGCUCAGAGUGGUGUGAGUCAGCCUUCUCAUCAUUCAUUGAGAGCAGGACCUGAUCUCACAGAAUCUGAAAAGAGCUAUGUGCAACCUCAAGCCCAGCAGCGAAGAGUCGCCCCAGACAGGAGUCAAACCUCACAAGAUUUAUUUAGCUACCAAGCAUUAUAUAGCUAUAUACCGCAGAAUGAUGAUGAGUUGGAACUCCGAGAUGGGGAUAUUGUUGAUGUCAUGGAAAAAUGUGACGAUGGAUGGUUUGUCGGUACUUCAAGAAGAACAAGGCAGUUUGGUACCUUUCCCGGCAACUAUGUAAAACCUUUAUAUCUAUAAGAAGACUGACCAUAGAGAUUAUUUUUAUUGAGGAUGAAGCCUAAUUCAUGAACUGGUCUUUAUUUAAAUGUUGAGUCAGUAGGAAAAUGAAAUGAAUGCAGUGGAUAAAGUUAAGAAGUAAAAAACAAAAAGGAACAGAGAAGUGUGAUGAUUAAAACUCAAGCCUGUCUGAGCUUACUGUGUAUCAGGGCUGAACCAUGUGCUGAGCAAAAUGAAUUGAGGCAAAUCAUAUUUACUUAGCUGCUUCUGGAGCUGCCCCUUGCCUUCCUCUCUGCCUCUUGGAUAAUAUGACGUGGAGUAGAGUCUAGGAGUGGAUUAGCCAGAAAUACUUCCUGCUUCCCAGCCUUACCCACUGUCAUCUUGGGGGGGGGGGGUUGGAGGAGGUGGUCCUUGAGCCUCGAACAACACUUAGGGAAACAAACAGGUAGAUCCCUAGCCAUGUUCCGGAGUCCCCAAGCCUGGGCACCCACAGACUGCCCCAGCCUCUAUCCCUAGCUGUCCUGGAGCCACUAAACUGAGACUGCCUUGCAGGGCUAAUCCCCCUUUGUCAUGGGACCUGCUGAGGUCCAGGUAAGGAAAUGGAAGCAAACCAGGCACCCUGGCAUUCAGCCUGCAUUGCCCUCACUGCCCACAUGAGGUUUGUGCUGAGAUUGGGGGUGCAGAUGGCCAAGGCCGAUAGGUUAGUAUUUCCAAGUGACUAAGUCAGGAAGCCCUGCAGCCUCAGAGGCCACUAGCAGCACUUAGCUUAUUCCUUUCCCCUAUUUCUCCAGCUUUAUAAACAGCUGUCUUCAGGGCAGGGCAGCUGCAUUUACCUGAGCCCUGUAGUUAGCUUUCUUUCUUUUCUGGCUGGGAAAGUUGGGUUGCUAGACCCAUUUUCACAGGAAUCCCAGAAUGGCAUCUGGAGUGUGUUUAACAUGCAGUGACAUGCUCUGGUUACUGGUCUACCCGUGAGGCCUGGGCUGAGAAGGAAUGCCAGGUCUCCAAUUUUAUCCCCCCAAGCCUCCGGAAGAGUUUGAGGAUCACUCAGAAUGUUACUUUAGCCCUCAGGGUUGUGGGUUUUCUUGCACCUGCAGAGGCUUUCCCAUGGUGUGGAUCAAUGGCCCUAGUGUACUCAGCAACUUUGCACAACCAGUAGUGACCAGAAGUCUGCCCUGUGUGGGUGCUGGGUCUGAGGAGGGAACCUCUGGGCCAUGUGGCUGCUUCGCCACUAUUCUGACCCAGUUGUGAUAAAAAUGUUUUUUGUUUUUGUUUUUUAAUCAGCUUCUUCUCUGUUAGACUUUUCAGUGACAUAGAAAUAGAAGUGCCCCUCUUUUCUGGAACUGGAAGUGGGUGGGGAGACAGAGGAAAAGAACUGACUGGGAAGAGAGACUGUGAUACGUGCUAAGGAAGGUGUGAGAGGAGAGUUGCCCCUGGAGGGUUCCUGGAAGGCAUCGUGGUAUCUCUGUCUUCAUACCUCCCUUCUGAAGGAGGCUAGAUAUUGAGAGGACUUUGGUCUAUGGGUCAUUCUGGCUGGAAACACCAGGGACUUUUCUGGAAGUCUCCAAACUCUUAUCCUCCCCACAAGCCCAGGUCCAAGGUGACAAAGAGGAGUACCCCAGGACUACUGUCCCAAAGUCUGGAAUCUUUGACAAGUAGAUAAAACUUGUCUUUAGUACCUCUGCCUAAAUGGCUGUCCCACCAGCUUCCCACCACCGGCCAAUCAGCCUCCAUACCCUCACUUUCUCCCUAACCUUUCAAAGAAGAAAAAAACUACCACGGACUAAUUCACACUGAAAUGCAAUUGGCUGAUAAGAGGAACAAGUUGUCUCUUCUCUAGAGACAUUUGUUUGGAACUAGGACAGAUGGGAGCCUUAAUCCCAUAGGAAAAGUGUGUGUGUUUGUGGAACUUCAGGAGCAGAGGGCUUUGUGGUAGAACAGAGCUGCUUGGUUUUUCUCUAGGACCCCCAUGACUGUGUGACCUGUAUCUUUGGAAGCUCUGCUCCUCCAGCCAGGGCCUGAUGGUUUUACUUUUGCCUCUGAAGGAACAUAAUAAAAAUGCAUAUGCGCAUGCAUUUUACCCAGCAGUGCUCUCCCCGAUUGGAAUGUAACCCUUAUAUUGGCUGAUGUGUUUCUUGGUCUUUUCUUAAAUACACACCAUUAACAAUGCAAUCUUAUUUAACUUUUUUGGAGGGGUGCUUCUUGAUUACUAGGUAAUUUUGAGCACCUCUAAAUACAGCUAGAAAGUAAAACCAACUUGUAAAGCCACCUUUGCAUCUGAUGCCAGCCUCAUGCAGUGUCUAUCUCCCCAAAUACAGGGGUUGCCUCGCCAACUUGCCCUUCUUCAAUGAAAUCCUAUGUUAACCUUCACAUCUCUGCAGCUUCCUAUGACUGUGUGACAAACAGGGAGCCCAAGUUCCCACUUACUCUUUUGUCUUCAGACAUUUAGUAACAUAAAUUGCCUAUUUUUUAUGCUGAGAUGUUUAUACAGGUUUAUUAACUACCUGGCGCCAUGCCUUGCAACAGGUUUUGAUAAAUUAGCCAUGCUUCCAGGUAAAGGCUAGCCCACAACUACAUAUCUUUUGCAGUCACUCUGGGAUCAGUAAAAGGAAAAAAAAAAAUCAUAUGCUUGAGAACUGGGAGUGUAAAUAUGUAUAUUUUUAACUUUGUAUAGUCCAUGUACCUACCUUGUAUAGAAAAAGAAUUUUAAAAAUUUGAAUGGGAGGGAGUAAAAUAAGGGAAUCAUGGAGGGUUUUUUGCAUUUUUAUUUAAAUGAAGGAAUUUCAAAGUAUUCACGUUUAUCACAAAAUUUGCCAUUGGAAACUGUUAACAUUUACCAUAAUUCUUCUGGAAAGAGAAGGUAACUAUUAUCUCAGUUGCAGUUUAAAAAAAUUUUUCUUUUUGCAGUUCUGCAGUAGAAUUAAAAUCCUGUUGCUGGAAUAGACUACUACCAAGAAAAAAAAUCAUAUUCUGAAAGAACUGACAUUACAUACAUAUAACCAAUUAAUUUAAGGCACUGCCAUUUAAAAUUUCACGCCGAGUGCAUGUAUUCUGCAGGCACAGAUUUUUCUGUUCAUUUAUUUUUAUUGCAGUGGAUUGAUUUGAUAAAUAGAUGUGUUGAAUUACUACCUUUGGUGUACAUAUAAUUUAAUAAACUUUAUUCAGAAUUGUG